AUGGGUGGUUCUGGUUCCAAACUUGAGAAGGCUCUUGGUGACAAUUUUCCUGAAGGAGAACAUUACUUUGGCCUUGAGAAUUUCGGCAAUACUUGUUAUUGCAACAGCGUUUUGCAGGCUCUAUACUUCUGUGUUCCAUUUCGAGAACAAUUGCUACAAUAUUAUGGAAAAAACAAGAAUAUAACAGAUGCAGAGGAAAAUCUUUUGACUUGCUUAGCUGACUUAUUUUUGCAGAUAAGUUCCCAGAAGAGGAAAACAGGCGUAAUUGCUCCCAAACGAUUUGUACAGAGGUUGAAAAAACAGAAUGAACUCUUCCGUAGCUAUAUGCACCAGGACGCCCACGAAUUCUUAAACUAUUUGUUAAAUGAACUUGUUGACAUUCUGGAAAAAGAGGCCCAAACUGCAAAAGACAAUCAAGAGACAUUACUACCUUCGGAGAAGAUUUCGAAUGGACCAAAGAAUGGUUUAGCUAAUGGUGCUAAAAAAGAGCCGCCUUUAGCUACUACUUGGGUGCACAAAAAUUUCCAGGGAAUACUUACCAAUGAGACAAGGUGCUUGCAAUGCGAAACAGUAACGGCUAGGGAUGAAACAUUUUUCGACUUGAGUCUUGAUAUUGAACAAAACAGUUCCAUUACAAGUUGUUUGAAAAAUUUCAGUUCAACCGAGACUUUGAAUGCUGAAGACAAAUUUUUUUGUGACAAGUGCUGCAGUUUGCAAGAAGCUCAAAAGAGGAUGAAGAUAAAGAGACCGCCUCGUGUUUUAGUCAUUCAUCUUAAGCGGUUUAAGUACAUGGAACAGCUGGGCCGCUACAAGAAACUGUCUUACCGUGUGGUUUUUCCCCUUGAGCUCAGGUUGAGUGAUACAGACGAAGAAGCAGAUAUUGAGUAUUCUCUAUUUGCAGUAGUUGUCCAUGUUGGGAGUGGGCCCAACCACGGGCAUUAUGUUUGCCUUGUCAAAAACCAUAACCACUGGUUAUGUUUUGACGACGAAACUGUUGAGGCGGUUGACGAAGCUUCUGUUCAGACAUUCUUUGGGUCAACACAAGAAUUCAACAAUAAUACAGACCAUGGCUAUAUUUUGUUCUAUGAGAGCGUUAACAGAAACUAG